CCUGUAUGUCUCUCAUCUACUGGAAUGUAAUAGCUAAGUUUCUCAUUAUGUUUUAUUUUUGAGUUUAAUGCCUAUUUUUCAUUGGAAAUACUUGUGAUUUAAAUUAGGAAAGCUGUUUUUAUGUUGCUGAUAUUAGAAAGCUAAAAUGACAAUGUCCAGACCUGUUGUUGCUGGGUUUGUUUUACUUGCAAUGUUGUUGGUCGGCUGCGUGGUAGCAAUAGCUGUUUUAGCAGUACGCCUAAAUGAUAAGACUAAUGAAACAUUAGGAAAAGAAAAGGCAGGAACAGGUGCGGAUCUGUCAGACUGUGACGACAUUGCAGUUAUUGGAGCCGGGAUUACCGGAAGUUACGCAGCCUGGCGACUACGACAUAGGAAUCUAAAAAUAGCACUUUAUGAAUACUCGAACCGCAUUGGUGGACGCUGUUUCACGGUGCGAUUUCCGGGUAUACCGGAUGUGAAUAUCGAAAUGGGAGCGAUGCGAUACCUACCUGCUUAUCAUGCUUUGGUAAACAACACCGUCCACGAUUUAGAACUUGACGUGGUAGAUUUUGAGUUAGGUCUUGGUUCUGGUGAAGGGUCGCGGUAUUAUCUUCGAGGAAAGCACAUGACAUACGAUGAGCUAGUAACAGAGGCUCCGUAUAACUUGCCACCAGAAAACCGCGUGGACUUGAGAACUCUGUACUGGAAUGUGUUGAAGAAUUUCACCAUAAGUUCUCCAAAUGAGACCGACCUUAAAUCUCUAGAUGGAGUUGAUUUGUACGAACAGAGCCGAGCAUUGUACUACAAUAAGUACUUGGACACAGAAACGUUUCAGUUUUUGAAGGACAGUGCAAGCUUUAUCAGUGGAUAUGGCACACGUGUUUCCGCGUUCAGAUCUCUUUUACGCGGUUCCUCAGCACCACUGGCAGUGAAAACAGUGAAAGGCGGAUUCCAGACCAUACCGCAACGUCUUGUUGAACAGUUCCUCCGCGUCAGUGAUAAGCACAAGUUUUUCCGUAAUCAUCAUCUCAAAGCAAUAAACAGACAAAGCAACGGAAAUUAUGUACUGACGUUCCAAGUUACUGAAACGAAAGCUGGAAUAACAACAGAAAUUAAGAGCCGACCAUUUAUGAAAAUGUGCGCUAAGAAGGUACUUCUUGGAAUCCCUAGGAUUGCACUUGAACACUUAGACUGGGAGGGACUUAGACAGGAGACUGUUCUAGACUACAUCAAGAAUGCUGUUUCGGAUGUCCAGGCAGCCAAGAUGUAUUUUGGUUACGACAACGCUUGGUGGCGCAAUCUUGACAAGGCCGCGAGUCACGCUGUAUCAAUGACCCCGUUACGACAAACCUACGACUUUGCUGUAUCAAAAACAACUUCCAAAGGGAUAUUGAAUCCUUCAUACAACGACGGGGAUAACAGAAUUUGGCGUGAAGCAAUGAAGUCCGGUGAACGGGUACCAGGCGUAGGAGACCACUCUAUCGCUAUGACUAACGUUAGCGUGUAUCUAGCGAGAAAAUAUCUUGCCGAAGUAUUCAACAUUACGCUAGAUGAUGUACCAGAGCCCAGUUUCGCAGUAAUGUCAAUCUGGGACCAGUAUCCAAUUGGCACUGCUUGGUACUUAUGGGCACCAGGAUACAAAAGGGCCGAAGUGGAAUCACGUAUGAUAAAACCCUCCGCAAAUGAUGACGUAUACAUUACGUCAAAUGUUUUUUCAAGCACAGGACGUUCUGGAUGGAUACAAGGUGGAAUGGAAAUGGUUGAAAAAGUUCUGAAACAUCUUGAAUAAAAAUGUUUAAAUCUUACUGCUGCAUGCUCCGUCUAAAAAGUUCAACAACAUCAUUGUUGACAAUACGUAAAAUACUUAAAAUGAACUGUUAGUCAUACAAUACAUAGCUGUUACAUUUGAUGGAGCAAAACAUCAGCCAUUCGCUCAAAUUUGAGAAAUUAAAAACUUCCAAAAGACGAAUUAUAUAUAAACUAAAAAUUUAACUGUAUUUAAGCGGAUAAUUUAAAAGGAGCCUAGGAACGUUCGGCACGAGCCGGGUUUUGAACAUAUAUUAACCCGUCAAAAAGAAAUAUACGCUGUGUACGAAAAUACACCUUCUUUUGAAAGUAACAUUUACUUAAUACAUUUCUACUAACAAUCAGAAUGCGUCGUGAGCUCCCAUAGAAAUUGGAUAUCGAUACCUAUGACACAAAAUUCUCUAUUAAACGCCAGAAAAAAUGAAUUUUAAAUGUUCAAAUAAACAUGUUUAUCUCAAAUAAUGAUUUGUCACCCGAUGGCAUUAACACAUUAUCUCAGAGUUUUCAAAUCUGAAAUACUUUGCCCCCAUAAUUAUCUUUUAAUUUUAUAGGAUUUUUAACGGUGUCGUACUUGCAUCCUUGCAUUUUGUUAGUAACGUGUGCCUUUAUGUUGGUUUACAAUGAAUGAGGCUUUAUUCCAUUGUUUGCGAGAAUAUCACAGUCGUCAAAUUAUUUUCAUGAUUAUGAGAGCCUUAUACUCUUAACACUAUCCUUGGCUUUCCCGUUUGCUUAGCGCAAAAAAUAAAUGUGUCCUCGUUUAGCUUAUCCUAUGUUCUUUCCAAUGAUAUCUGUUCCUAUAAAUUGUCCGUGUGAACUGGUUAGAAGCAUCACAUUGAAGAACGAUAAUUUUCCAAAUUGAAUUUUGGCUAAUGCAAAUCUAAACUCAGUUUAUUGUUUGCAUGAAACAUACAAUUUUUACUCUUGUGGAACGGUGUCCGUUGUAAAUUUUAAUUUUUUGUUUAAAGUUCUUGCCUGUCUUUGGCUUGUCUGUGCGAUGAAAGCCGCAUUAGUGUCGAUUCGGCAAAUCGUACAUGAAUAAUAUCUCGUACAGUUUCAGUAUAUCCAAUGCACAGUCUAUAUUCUGUUUUCCAUCACUCCAAAAAUUUCAUUACUCACAAUAACAAUAUAGUUAUAAAUUCACCUCCGUUGACACCAUCAGAUUGUCCUUGCCUUUCCUUUUUCGUCUAUUGCUAAUUCAAAUAUGUUCCCAUCUAACUUAUUCCAUGUUCUUUCCAAUGACGCGUUUUACAUUGAAAACACCUUUGCGCUGCUGAUCAGUAUCACGUUUGAUAUAGAGUAUUUUGGCCCGGGUACGUUUACAGUAUGUAUAAGAUAGGUAUUUAUAUGCAAUUGGUUAUUUUUAUGUAGAUAGAUUUGAAGAUUCACACGCAUUAAUUACUUUUUGUAAAAUAAAUGAAUGCUUAUAUUGUU